UAAGUAAUUGUAUAUAAUUUUUUGUUUGUUUUUACAUACAAAAUAAUUUGUUAUUAAAUUUACUUAAAUUAAGUAAAUCGUUAAACAUUAAUUUAUUCGAAUUUUAAAAGUAACCAACACAAGAAGAAUCCAAACAAAAUGGAUAAUCCUGGUUAUAUUAUUGAACUCGAAGGUGACAAAGAUGUCAAAAAAGAAAAAUUACCCGCGCCCAUACUCACACACACCUUUGAAGAGGCCGUGUCUUUGACAAAAAUCGGAAAAUUCCAUUACACUUUGCUGGUGGUGUGCGGUAUUUGCUUUAUGGCUGUCAUGGUGGAAAUUAUGUGUGUCAGUAUUAUUUUGCCCUCAAUGAAAUGUGAUUUGGUAGCGUCGUUAACGGAACAAGGCAUAUUGGCAUCAUCUGGCUUCUUUGGUAUUGUGUUAAGUUCACAUGCCAUGGGCUUUUUAGCCGAUACCUGUGGUCGUAUACGCACCCUGAGAAUGGCUCUCAUCUUGGCCUCGAUAUCAACCAUAGUAUCGGCGUUUUCCGUAAACAUCUGGAUGUUAAUCGUUUUUAGAUUCUUUACGGGUUUCUUUAUAUCGGGUGGUCAGGCAUGUGUGUUUAGUUUAUGUGGCGAGUUCCAUGGCAAUAAGACAAGAGUAAAGCAUGUGACAUUAUUGUCUGGAUUUUUACCUAUAGCUUUAAUGUAUUUGCCCACCGCCGCCAUUUUCGUAUUACCUUUACGCAUAGAUGCCAUGUUGUUUGGCAUGAAAUUCUCCUCAUGGCGCAUAUUGUUAAUGGUUAAUUCUUCCUUAUCGCUUUUGGCUUUAUUGGGUCUAUUUAUGUUACCCGAAACACCCAAGUAUGUUUUGGUUCAGGGUGAUCAUGACGGUGCUUUGGAGAUUCUACGUGGUAUUUUUGUUAAGAAUACUGGACGUCCUGCUUCUGAUUAUCCCGUCAAGCAUAUUGUAAUGGAAUCAAAUGGUGCAAAUUUGUCAAAUGUUAAAGGUGUUAAAGAUGCAUUAAAAUUGAUUUGGAGUCAAACUGUUCCAUUGUUCUAUCGCGAACGCUGUCUUCAUACCAUCAAUAUCUGUGGCAUUAUGUUUAUCGUUUAUGGCAUUUCUCAGGGAAUUUUCAUGUGGUUCCCUACUAUGCUCAAUGAAAUGGUGGCUAAGGAUGGUUUAGGCUAUAAUGUCUGUCAUAUUUUAAGUAACAUGGAAACUGGAGCCGAUUUAACCAGUGAUGUUUGCAACGGCAUCAUCGAUACAUUCCCCUUUAUGGUCAUUAUAUUUGUGGGUGCUGCAUUUGCUGUUUUCUAUUUAAUCUUUGCCUUUACCAUUGACUAUAUUGGCAAAAAGAAUUUGAUAAUUAGUUGGUUAGUUAUUGGCGGCAUAUCUGUGACCAUGAUUCGCUGGACUUCCAAUUUCUAUGUUGUUGUCAUUUUACUCACUCUCACCAUGAGUAUUGGUAAUUGUGGUGGUCUGGUCAGCACCAUUUCAAUGGAAUUCUUUCCCACGAAUAUUAAUGCCAUGGGCAUGUGUUUCAUUAUGAUGAUUGGUCGUUUGGGUGCUGUCUUUGGCAGUAAUUUCUUGGGUCAAUUACUCUUUAAUUUCUGUGACAAUGUACUUUGGGGUUUGCUGGGCAUAUGUGUCCUCUUGGCUACAAUGAGUUGGUUCCUGCCCGAACGAAAACAUCAAAAACAAAAGAAAGUACAUGAAGUAAAUCAAUAGAGAAUGUGCAUGUAUAAUUCCAAUUUCCUCUUCGAAAAUAUUUGUACAAAUUUAAGUUGAAAUGUAAAUUGUUUUGUUCCUUAUGCGGGGCUUACAAUUAGUUAGUAUAUGUUUUUUUUUCAAUAAAUAUUGCAUUUAGUUAGGAAAUUAUUUUUAUUAAAUUUAUA